AGUGUUGAAAAUAAAAAAAAUAAACAACUGUAUGCCAAAUGUGUUACAAAAGCUUGACAAUAUUUUAUGUGAUGCUUUCAUCCAAAGUAACUUAUGUGUGCAUUUUUAGGUAUUUACACCUUCAGAAUAACCAGGCAGCAGAUGUCAACAAGGAUGACAAGCUAUGGAAAAUGCGCUGGUUUCUGAAUUACUUCCUUGACCGAUUCCAGGCACUGUAUGAGGUAGAUGGCAACGUGUCUGUAGAUGAGAGCAUGAUCAAAUUCAAAGGGCGCCUCUCCUUCAGGCAGUACCUCCCCAUGAAGCCGACAAAGUGGGGUGUCAAGGUAUGGGUAAUGGCAGAGAGCUCCACAGGAUAUGUGACCAACCUCCAGGUGUAUGCUGGUCGUGAAGGCUCUAUAGAGAAGGGUCUCGCACACCGUGUGGUGAUGGAAUUAGCCAGACCAUAUUAUGGGUCUUACCUGUCCAUCUAUAUGGACAAUUUUUACACGGGGGUAACUCUGUUAGAGGAGAUGAAGACCCAUGGGUUGAACGCUUGCGGCACUGUUCGUGCCAACCGGACUGGACUCCCAAAGAAUGAGAGGCUUAGAAAAAACACCUCAAUGGAAAAGCACGAGUUCAGGGUAGCUCAGAAGGACGACCUCACGUUCUGUAUUUGGCAAGACACAAAAACCGUCAUGGUGCUCUCCAACCAUCACGAUCCAACUCAGACAGGGACAGUGAAUCGAAAAAAAGACGGAGCCAACCACGUCCCGUUGGAAGUGCCAGCUUCCCUCGCAGACUACCAGAAGCACAUGAAAGGCGUCGAUCUGCUUGAUCAAAUGAUUGGCUAUUAUGGAUUCCAGCAUCGAUCAAAGAAGUGGUGGAGGAGGGUGUUUUUCUUUUUCUUGGCUAUGUCCUGCCACAAUGCCUACAUUGCUGCAAGGUCUGUUGGAGGAACAGCCUUCAGACACAAGUACAGAGGCUACAAACCCUGGCUGGAGGACCUGGCUGAGCAGCUCAUCACACCGCACAGGACCAGGGCUGUUAAUGUGACUCCUCCAUCUUCUCUUCCUGCCUCACCAUCUCCUACUCUUCCUCCCUCUCCAGCUCCAUCUGCAGGUAGCAGAGUAGACACACCUCCUCCACAACAUGACUGUGGAAAAGUCUAUGACAAGCGCAAACAGUGUAGGGAGUGUUUGCUUGUCUCGGACACUGAAAAAGUAGGUGGGCCAACUGUGUAUGGUUGUAAACAGUGCAGCCUGCCACUGCACAUUGAGUGCUUCGGCAAGCACUAUCGUCGUUACAUGUGAAUCCGACUGUUUAAGUCAUCAGUAUGUUCUGUUCUUGUUCUUAACAGUUCAUCAAGUCACUGACACAAGUUGAUAUUUAUUAUUUUCUUACUAUUUUUGAUUGAACAUAUUAUUGUUCACUUUACUUUUACAUUGUUUAUUUUUGUGAAGGAGUAUCUAAAUAAACUCAAUUUCCCAGGAAAGCCACAGGUGUAAGCUUUCAAAUACUUUUUGAAUUUUGUUUCUAUCUGCUACAGAAGCUGAGAUAUGAUAAUUUACUAGGCGUUGACACGGUCGCUGAAUUUACAGAAAAACUUAAGGUUUUAGGGGUAUUUUUUAAAAUCGGCCAUAGGUGUUUAAGGUGUUUUUUCCAGGCGUUUUAGGCCUAAAUGGGUUAAAGAUCUUUUCCUAAAUAAUACCAGAUGAAACACUUUUCCACUCAAGUUCUGGAUAGAGAAGAAUGACUGAUAAAAAAGAUUGUUUUCUAUCUUAAAUGCUAAAUUUUUAUAUUUGUUUUACAAUUUUGAUAUA